AUGGGACAGCGGGGGAGUAUUGAAGCAGCAGGACCGCCAGACGCAGAUCCACUUGAUGAUUCCCAGAUUGAAGCUCAGCCUCCCUCUAGUGAGUCUGAGGCGGAAGCUGCAGCUCUACCACCCCAGAAUACAACGCUACCGUAUUCCUACCGACGUUUGUACCAUGCUGCGAAAAAUGGUGACUGGAAAACUGCUGAAAGUUUUGUUAGGGACAACAGUGAUUUUGUUGCAAGUUUAGUUGGGGACAACACAAAUUUAUGGCUCGCAAGGCUCACUUCCGUCACCGCAGAGACAGCAUUGAUGGUUACCGCAAGAUCAUUUCAAUGGGAAUUUGUGGAGAAGCCGGUGGAACUUUUAAAUCCGGAAGAGCUUGCAAUGCGAAAUUCAGUUGGUUACACGGUUCUCCAUUUUGUUGCCUAUUCUGAAAGCGUAAAAACUGCCGAAAUUCUGGUAAGAAAAUGCCGUGACUUAACACAAAUGGUCUCCACGGAUGAAGCAACUCCACUACUGCAGGCUGCCAGACGGUCUCUCCAUAAGGACAUGAUUUGGUACCUUGCUUUGGUAACAAGACUUGAGCUUGGUAGCGCCGACUGUCCCUUCACGGGGAAUCUAUCCAACGAGCUCUUUCGUAAUCUCACUUACGCAGGUUUUCAUGUACCAGGCUUAAAACAAGUUCGAGAAGCCAAGUUGCAACAUAGAUGUGUUGAGAAAAUGACAGAGAAGUUUUGCAUUGAACUUGGAUUAAACUGUGCCUUUGACCGCGUCGUUUCUAUGCUUGAGCUAGUCAUUUUUUUAGCUACAAUUUUUGGGCAUGUUGAAAUAGUAAGGAUUUGUCUUAAACAUUGUCCGGAUCUGAUUUUCAAGUGCGAUGGGCAACGCCAACACAUAUUGCAUGUUGCAACUGAAUGGAGGCAAGAAGAAAUUUUUAAUCUGAUAACCGAGAUCCCUGCAACUACAGCUAAUUUGCUCAAUACAAAGGAUGCUGAAGGAAACAGCAUCCGGCACAUUGCAGCAAAACUGGCACGUCCCUCUAAACUCUUAUCAAUUUCUGGUGCGGCUUUACAGAUGCAAAGAGAGGUGCAAUGGCUCAAGGAGGUGGAGAAAUUAUUUGACCCUGCAAAAAGAGGCGAGAUCGAUAUGGAAGUUAAUACAGUUAUGGACUAUUUCACGGAGAAUCACAAGAAGUUGGCUGAGGAGGGAGAGAAAUGGAUGAAAGAUACUGCAAAUUCUUGCAUGAUUGUUACCACGCUCGUUGCCACUGUAGUUUUUGCUGCUGCUUUUACUAUACCUGGAGGCAAUGUAGGUGAUACAGGCAAUCCAGUUUUUCUGCAGCGGACAGAUUUCUUAGUGUUGGUCAUUUCAGAUGCACUAGCUUUGCUUUCUUCAUCCACUUCUUUAUUGAUGUUCUUUUCUAUCUUAACUGCGCGAUAUGCGCUCGAAGAUUUCCUCCUAAAGCUACCAAUGAGGUUGAUUAUAGGUCUCGGUUGUCUCUUCUUUGCUAUCAUCACUAUGAUGGUGGCCUUUGGUGCAGCAUUGUAUAUGCAACUCAAGGACAGAUGGGUAUCAAUUUACAUCCCAAUUAUCGUUCUGGGUUGUAUACCGGUACUGUUAUUUGCCAAGCAGCAAGUUCCAUUGUUCUACGAUAUGGUCCAGUCAACAUAUGGAUUCGGAGUUUUUAGGAGGAAAAAGACAUGGUGA